CCGGAGCGUCCCCGCCUUUUCCCUGGGGCCGCCGCAGGCUCGGUGAGCUGCUUUUCCCCUCCGGCCGGCAGGCUGGGCGCGCAGGGGCGCGGGCCCCCGCCGGGCGCGCAGAGGCACCAUGGGCACGGUGCUAUCCCUGUCCCCCAGCUACCGGAAGGCCACGCUCUUUGAGGAUGGCGCGGCCACGGUGGGCCACUACACGGCCGUGCAGAACAGCAAGAACGCCAAGGACAAGAACCUGAAGCGGCACUCCAUCAUUUCCGUGCUCCCUUGGAAGAGGAUCGUGGCCGUGUCGGCCAAGAAGAAGAACUCCAAGAAGGUGCAGCCCAACAGCAGUUACCAGAACAACAUCACGCACCUCAACAAUGAGAACCUGAAGAAGUCACUGUCGUGCGCCAACCUGUCCACAUUCGCCCAGCCUCCACCGGCCCAGCCGCCCGCACCCCCGGCCAGCCAGCUGUCGGGGUCUCAGACUGGGGUCUCCUCGGUCAAGAAGGCCCCACACCCUGCCGUCACCUCCGCAGGGACGCCCAAACGGGUCAUCGUCCAGGCGUCCACCAGCGAGCUGCUGCGCUGCCUGGGUGAGUUUCUCUGCCGCCGGUGCUACCGCUUGAAGCACUUGUCCCCCACGGACCCUGUGCUCUGGCUGCGCAGUGUGGACCGCUCGCUGCUUCUGCAGGGCUGGCAGGACCAGGGCUUCAUCACGCCGGCCAACGUGGUCUUCCUCUACAUGCUCUGCAGGGAUGUUAUCUCUUCCGAGGUGGGCUCGGACCAUGAGCUCCAGGCAGUCCUGCUCACCUGCCUGUACCUCUCCUACUCCUACAUGGGCAAUGAGAUCUCUUACCCACUCAAGCCCUUCCUGGUGGAGAGCUGCAAGGAGGCCUUUUGGGACCGUUGCCUCUCUGUCAUCAACCUCAUGAGCUCCAAGAUGCUGCAGAUCAAUGCUGACCCACACUACUUCACACAGGUGUUCUCUGACCUGAAGAACGAGAGUGGCCAGGAGGACAAGAAGCGGCUCCUCCUAGGGCUUGAUCGGUGAGCCCUGUAGCCCGCACCAUGGCUCUAGGAUUUAAUGCAUUUUUAAAAAUUUAUUAUUAAACAGAUCAGUUUUAU